CGGGGUUUGAGUUUGGGAAAAUUCAGAGAAUAGCGUAACAGCAAGUCUUGAGGGAGAAGUCUGCUAAAUGAAACUCGAUUUUAAACAUGGAACUCGCCUGUUAAGUGUGAUGCUGGGAAGUCUAUUCCAUGUCUACAUCCAGCACUGAGAAGCCUCUGUAGCCUCACUCACACGUCUGCCCGCCGGAGGAAGGCUGAAACUUUUAAGGCGCUGCGUCAGGUCGCGCGGAUCCAGUGUGAGUGAACGGUGGGAUGAAACUCUUCUUCUUGGCUUCAUUUCCUCGCGUGUUGUCACGGACAUAUUCAGCAAAGCCAACGGCAGCUUCAACUAAUAAUGCGGCGUGAGUGAUCAUCGGCAGGAGACACUACCCAUCCACUGCUUUCCAUUCCUACAUAUUCACUGGAUAUCUAUAGACGAAGUGCGGGCGAAGAGGCUUUUGUUCUGCGGUGUUUCUCGCUGUGACAGGACUUAUUUCGUUUAGAGCAAUAUGACGUCUCCGGCUAAAUUCCGAAAGGACAAGGAGAUUAUUGCCGAAUAUGAAACGCAAGUUAAAGAGAUCCGAGCCCAGUUGGUGGAGCAGCUUAAGUGUUUGGACCAGCAAUGUGAGCUCCGCGUGCAGCUCCUGCAAGACCUGCAGGACUUCUUCCGCAAGAAGGCAGAGAUCGAGAUGGACUACUCCCGCAACCUAGAGAAACUUGCCGAGAGGUUCCUGGCCAAGACUCGCUACACAAAGGACCCUCAAUUCAAAAAAGAGCAAAACGUCCUGUCUCCAGUCAACUGCUGGAACCUUCUCUUGGCUCAGGUGAAGAGAGAGAGUCGAGACCACGCCACUCUCAGCGAUCUCUACCUCAACAACAUCAUCCCACGCUUCGUCCAGGUCAGCGAGGACUCAGGACGCCUCUUCAAAAAGAGUAAAGAAGUGGGCCUCCAGCUGCAGGAGGAUUUGAUGAAGGUCCUCAACGAGUUAUACACGGUGAUGAAGACCUAUCACAUGUACAACAUGGACAGCAUCAAUGCUGAAAGCAAGCUGAAGGAGGCAGAGAAGCAGGAGGAGAAACAGAUGAGCCGCAGCGUCCGACAUGAGGACAGGCAGACCCAGCGCUCGCCCGACUCUCUCGCAAACAUCAAGAACGAGGAGAAACAUGUGCGCCGCAGUUCCGUCAAGAAGAUCGAGAAGAUGAAGGAGAAGCGGCAAACAAAAUACACUGAGAACAAGCUAAAAGCCAACAAAGCCAGGAAUGAGUACCUUCUGGCUCUGGAGGCCACCAACAGCUGCGUCUUCAAAUACUACAUCCAUGAUCUGUCUGACCUCAUAGAUUGCUGUGACCUGGGCUACCAUGCCAGCCUGAACCGUGCACUGCGUACCUACCUCUCGGCCGAGUUUAACGUGGAGACUUCCAAGCACGGGGGUUUAGAGACCAUUGAGAAUGCUGCGGAGAACCUGGAGGCCAACGCAGACAAGCAAAGGCUCAUGGAGACCUACAACAACGUCUUCUGCCCUCCGAUGCGCUUCGACUUCCAGUCUCACAUGGGUGAUAUGAUGGGACAUUUGUGUGCCCAGCAGCCCGUGCAGGGAGAGCUGAUCCAGAGAUGCCAGCAGCUACAGUCCCGCCUGUCCACACUGAAAAUAGAGAAUGAAGAGGUAAAGAAGACGAUGGAGGCCACUCUACAGACCAUCCAGGACAUAGUGACCAUUGAGGACUUUGAUGUGACUGACUGCUUCCACCACAGUAACUCCAUGGAGUCGGUCAAGUCCACUGUGUCUGAAUCUUUCAUGAGCAAACCCAGCCUCGCCAAGAGACGAGCCAACCAGCAGGAGACAGAACAGUUCUACUUCACGAAACUGAAGGAGUUUCUGGAGGGCAGGAACCUCAUCACCAAAUUACAGGCUAAACAUGACCUGAUCCAAAAGACUCUGGGAGAAAGUCAGAAGACCGACUACUGCCUUGCCAGCGGACGGAGGAACUCCACUGUUCGGAAACAGGAGUCCAGCCAAAUCAUUCCCCUGAUGGUGGAGAGUUGUAUUCGCUUCAUCAGUCGACACGGUCUCCAUCAUGAGGGCAUAUUCAGGGUGUCUGGCUCUCAAGUGGAAGUCAAUGAUAUUAAGAACGCCUUUGAAAGAGGUGAGGACCCGCUGGCUGGGGACCAAAACGAUCACGAUAUGGACUCCAUUGCUGGAGUGUUAAAGCUCUACUUCAGAGGCCUGGAGAACGCCCUCUUUCCUAAGGAAGUCUUCCAUGACCUAAUGUCCUGUGUCUCCAUGGAGAACCUCCAGGACAGAGCUGUCCACAUCCGCAAAGUCCUGCUGUCCCUACCCAGCAACACCCUGGUUAUCAUGAGAUACCUGUUCGCUUUCCUCAACCAUCUGUCCCAGUACAGUGAUGAUAACAUGAUGGACCCUUACAACCUGGCUAUCUGCUUCGGCCCCACACUCAUGUCUGUGCCUGAGGGCCAUGACCAAGUCUCCUGCCAGGCACAUGUGAACGAGUUCAUCAAAACCAUUAUUAUACAUCACGAGACCAUCUUUCCAGGGCCCCGUGAGCUGGAGGGCCCCAUAUAUGACCGUGGAGGAGCCGCUGAGGAAUACUGUGAUAGUCCACACAUUGAGCCCCCUCUGGUGGAUGAACCUGCACCUGACGCUGCCUCUGAAAUCCACAACAGCGAUGAUGUAAAGUCAGGGUCCUUGAACGUUUCAGAGUCUGACCCCAUUGAGGCCAUCGCACGUUUUGACUACUCUGGACGCACCAAUCUUGAGCUUUCCUUUAAGAAGGGGGCGUCUUUGCUGCUGUACCACCGUGCAUCUGAGGAUUGGUGGGAGGGUCGCCACAACGGCACUGAGGGACUGGUGCCGCACCAGUACAUAGUAGUGCAAGACAUGCCAGAUGGAUAUGCAGGCAGGGGAAGUCCCAAAGCUGACCUAGAGGCUUCCCAUGAUGCUGUGGAAGAGAAGGUGUCCACCAGAGCCAGUGCCAGCUCACCCACUGGAGGUCAUGUAGCUGAUAUCUACCUAGCUAACCUCAACAAGAUGAGGAAACGGCCAGAAGCGCCCAGCAUCCGAAGAACAAUCCGGGCAGUGGAGGGUGUAGGUGAGGGCUCAUCCGGAGCAACAGGGGGUUUAAAGACCUCGUCCAUGCCAGCAAGUGGACUGGCCAAGGAAGGGACAGACAAGCGACCGGUCAGUGCUCACAGUGUCCUAAACUCCAUCACCCGACACUCCUCUCUGAAGACUAAGGUAGAAGGUCCUCAGCUCCGCAGGUCCACGCCUGCAGGGCGAUCCAAGAGUUUCAGCAAUCACAGACCACUGGACCCAGAGGUCAUCGCUCAGGUGGAGCACAGCUCACAGGACAUUGAGGAGACUAUGAACACGGCUUUAAGUGAGCUGCGAGAGCUGGAGAGGCAGAGCAACGUCAAACACACUCCUGACAUUGUGCUUGAUACUCUAGAGCAGCUGAAGAGCGGAGGGGCAUCCGAACCCUCCAGCCCGCUUCAUUCCCGCCUGCUCCGUGAGGCCGACUCCUCCCAGCAUCCUCUGCAGCGCAGCGCCAGCUCGGCCAGCGACAUGCCCUCCACCUUCCGGCCCGGCAAAACCUCGGGCCCCAAAAGCCCUCUGUCUUCAAUGUCUACCACAGGUCUGUCCGCUUCCGGCUCCACCUUUAGAGAGAACAAACCCCCAGCCACCAAACCCAAGCCUGUGGUGUUCCCAAAAAGCAGUUCGGCAGGUGGCAGUCCGGCAAUGGGAUCCCCAACCACCACCAUACCCCCAACACCACCGCCCCCUCCACCACCCACCGACAAGUCCUGCCCCGUCUGAGCAUUUACAACCUCGAUCUGUGAUCAGUUUCUUAGUAAUUCCAAGAGCACGCUCUAAUACUGACUAUUUGGAUCUUCAUGAAAAUCUGUGGACAACUUAACAGACUCAAACUGAUAAUGGAUGCUUGCGUGAUUGAGCAUGAGUGUGUGUGUGUGUGUGUGGAAUUAAUAUACACAUGUGGAAUGUUGGAGUGAUUUUACAACACUGUUUUAGUCUGGAUUGAGACAUGGAUGUCAGCAAUCCCUCUUUUCUAAUCCCAAAUGAGUGGUUUGGAGUUUUUCCGACUGAUUUUAUAAGGGGACAGACUUUGAGGACAAACGAGCAGUGGAAGUGCUUUCUGAGGACGCGAGACUUUGGUGCAUCUUGAAUCAGGUUACAGACGGCACAGCAUCUCAGUAAAUAGAAACAAAUUUUCCUGGUAUGAAUUUGUUAUACAAUAAUCAGUAGUUACAGUUCAUAUAAUCCACCGUUUCUGCUUAAACACAUCAAUCCUAAACACACCAAAUAAAGGAACAGGAACAUCUUUGCAUGAGGAUUCACAAGAUAUUUGCAUGGCAAACGUGGAUUCCCUAACAGACAGAUUCAAAAGCACUUCUGACAUUAUUAACAGUCUAAUAUGUGGUUUUAUUGUACUAUUAUAUCAGAGGGCACAUAAAAAAAGAGGGUGUUGGGUUUUUUUUGUAGAAGUUUAAUGAUCAUGAUUAUAACUGGAAAAAGUGAUCUAAAAAUGAGGAAUGUCAUGCAAGCACAUUAUUUCUUCGUCACCCAUGUAUAAAAAAAGAAAAACAGAAACAUAAUUUUAUUUAAUUGUCCCUAUGUCAUUACUCACCUUUGGGUCUGUAUCAUGGUAUCUGUGUAUUAGUAUGUGUGUUUACGUACAGUAUGUAUAUUCUGAAUCUAAGCAGCCUAACAGCAGCUUUUAGAGAUUGAUGAUGCAAAAAAGGGAAAGACUUAAAACAGACCAAUGGAGGAUACAUGCAAAAACGUAGCUUGCUUUCCUCAGUUUUUCCAACUCUGAAAGAAUAAGCGUGCAAAAAGCCUCUUUAAAAGUCUGACAAUCUUCAUCACACGGUCUGCCUGAUUAUGCCUUCGACAUAAUGGAUUGGAGAUGUCUGUGUUUUAUUAAGCAAGGCCUUAAUGUCCUAGAAAAUGAGUUGUGGUGGUAUUCAAAAGUAUCCUGCUUCACUUUGAAGCCUUACAAGCAAUGACUGUGACUCCUGGAAAAUCUCUACAGACAGACUGAGAUGUUUUUGACUGAGGCACCCCCCACCCCAAAUAACGCAGAAUUUUUUCCUUACGUGUUAUUUUCUGAACGUGUUGUCGUGUUCUGAAAACGUCUUCACAGGUGGUUACAUUUGUUCAUGUGUUAAUGAUUGGAAGUAUUCUGUGUGUGUUGUUCCUGAUACCUCAUAAAGGCAACUGAAAACUGUCUUAUUGGAGUUCUUUUGUGGGCGGGACCUUUACAUGCAAAUGAGAGCAGUGUGUGUUUAAUGUGUAAUGUUAAUAGUACACACAUACUGUUUUCUUUCAUGGAGUAAACUGAAAUCAAUCAUUAUACACUUGAAUCUGCAUUGUAUGUUUGUGAACAAAUUAAGUGAGGGUGAUUUUCGUUCUUUAUUUGUAAUCAUAACUAUUGUUAAAAUGUAAUUCCUGUCCAAUUGAAACAAGACUGUAAAAUGAAUCGUCUUGUUGGAUAUAUUUAUAGUUGUCCAUUCAGAUAUCUGUUACCAGAGAAACCCGUGUUCAGGUGUACUUUGUAUAUACAAUAGUGUACAUUACAGAGGUACAUUCUUUUUCUUCAUAUUUUGUUUGUGGUUUUCUUUUUCUUUCUGGUACAAUAUUGUACAGUUACAGCAAUAGUAGUUGCCACUCAAAUAUACAUUCUAUAAUUCCACGUGUAGUUCUUGUAGUAAACAUUUUUAAAUAAAAACAAAAAUUGCUUGCUAAA